CGUCUUGCCAAUUUGACAGCAGCGGAAAAGCACAUGGGGGAACGAGAACGGCGGUUUAAGGAGAGCCAGUCAGUGUUGGUCGUCAGUGGCGGUGGCUGUGGCCUUUGAGUUCACCCAAAGGUCGUCAGUGGCUGCGGCUGUGGCAGUUGAGUUCACCCAAAGGUCGUCAGUGGCGGCGGCAAGGCUGCAAGAAAUAGCUUCGCAUGGCGAAGAGGGAGGCGCGGGGGUCAGCCGAUGCUGACAUCAACCUGAGCUCCGAUGAAAGCAACAUCUACAUAUGGACGGCGGUGAUCAAGGGCCCAGCUGACACUCCAUGUUAUGGAGGGCAAUUUACCCUGACAAUCAACGUGCCUCAGCAGUACCCCCUCGUGCCGCCCCAAGUGUGCUUCGCUACCAAGGUCUUCCAACCCAACGUGCACUUUAAGACCAGGGAAAUCUGUCUGGACAUCCUCUAGAUGGGGUGGAGCCCGGCAUGGACGCUCACAUCGGUGUGCCGUGCCAUAAUCACCCUCAUGUGCCACCCUGAACCCGACAGCCCACUCAACUGCGACUCUGGCAACCUGAUCCGAGCGGGGGACAACAGAGGGUACUGCUCCAUGGCUCACAUGUACACUAGACUCCACGCCAUGCUGCCCGCUCAUCGAUGAACCUUGAAGCGCAUUGGAGUUUCUCCGCGCCUCAAAAUGUACAGUAGACUCCGCGCCACACCAGCCACGUUGAGGAGAUUUUACGACAAUUUCCUGUAGCUGCAUGGUCAAUGGGCACAGGGCACAGGGCACAGGGCACAGGGCACAGGGCACAGGGCACAGGGCACAGGGCACAGGGCACAGGGCACAGGGCGCAGGGCACAGGGCACAGGGCACAGGGCACAGGGCACAGGGCACAGGGCACAGGGCACUGGGCACAGGGCACACGGCACUGGGCACACGGCACAGGGCACACGGCACAGGGCACAGGGCACAGGGCACUGAGCACUGGGCACAGGGCACAGGGCACUGGGCACAGGGCACUGGGCACUGGGCAUACGGCACAGGGCACAGGGCACAACAUCUUAAGUAUGCCACCUCCUUUGAUAGGCUGACAUGGACGCUUGAGGUGGUAGUGUGAGGCGAUUUUGUGCCCCUCCGCACCACCCAUGCUCGACACAUGCCACACCCACCGCCCUCGUGUGCAUAUAACGUCUGCAUCCUUUCUUUCCCUGGGCAUUUCAUGGUGUUAAAUGUUACUAGGUGACUUUUAAAUGUUACU